AUGGAGGGAACUCUGCUUGUCCCCCCGGAACGGGGAGCUAUAAUUGGGCGGGCGCUGUGGAAGCCUCGAUUUGUCGUCAUCGGGAGUUCUCAGAGACGCCAGCAGACAAAUAAUCGCCCAUCACAUAAUACACCAGCCAGUCGCAUACCUGGCAGUCGGAACUCCAGCUCCAGGACUCUGCCGAACAGUUCUUCCGAAACCAAUUAUAUCUCUAUUUACAAGUCCAAGAUGCUUGCACACCGGAAACAAGGCCCGGUAUUACCAACUUUGGUCGUAAACGUCUCCCCGGAUCCAGCAACGGACAAGCUGCGGAAACGGCGCUCCAGUCGAACGGUCGGCUUGACGAGCACCAAAGAUACUUCCCCCACUACUCUCUGGUUCCGGCUGGUCUCCGGGGACAAGGAGUCGUCGCUGCAGGACUGGGCGCGCUUCAUACGGGCGCUCAUCCAACCCAACGUGCCCGAUAGGCCGCCCAUGAGCCCACUAACCCCUGCGUCUCCGACAUUCAUUAACCCCUUCUCCAGCCGAGGCCGAGAAACCAUUGAGCCUUACCCAAGGCCCUCCAGCGGGAACGCCAAUCUCCGGGCGGCCCUGCAGCACAAGGGUUCAACUCAUACGACUUCAAGCCGCGAUCGCCCCCUGACGUUUUCCGAGUCUACAAGCUUGCGCUCUAAACGAAGCGACAUAUCAUCUCAUACGAGCUCGAUGAACCCGCCAUACGCGGGAUUCCAGAAUUACACGACGAUGCACCCCACCGACCUCCCCUCUCCGGCUACAACAAUAGGGGAGUACCAAGGCGAGUUUAUUGAGGGAUGGACGUCGGCGCAAGGUCGGUCAUCGACGCUCAGCUCGCCGGUGCGGGGCCGGGACAGCAUUGGAUCGCAACCGGCAUUGUCAGCCCAAGUGGUCGCGGAUGCCAGCUCACCUCCUGGACCUCGCGAGACGAUCCUGGACCGGGCAUUUCAGAUGCGGUGCAUCCCAGGCUCGGAGCGUGAAGUCCCUGGUGAGGAAAAGCUGAGUUCGCUGGCCCGUUUCGAUGCCUUGAUGCGGGAAGCGGACGAGAAACGGAAGAUGCGGGAGGCAGAGGCGGCAAAGUUGAGAGAGGCCAACAAUGGAAUGAAGAGCGCCUGGGACCUCGACGAUGAGGACUCGGAGUCCGACAAUCCGGAAGAGGACGACGACAACGAAGACAGCGAUGAGGAUGAUGAUGCCGCCAGCGAGCAAGUGCGGGACCCCGACGAUCAUUACAUGAUGCCCCCGACCGCACGACGGGCGUUGGACUACAUCACCGGGCGCCGGGAGCCCAGGACCCAAGACGACCAGGCGCCAUUGAGAUAUAAUCCCGAAACUCUCAUGACUUUGAACAGUGGGUCUUCUCACCUACGACCGCAGACAGGUUAUUCCAGAAACAGGCCAGGAAUUGCUCAAAGAACACACAGUCAACCCCAUUUAGUGGGCAUCACCUCGGCGGUGGCCCCAAGUAUCUUGGACGUGUCUUCGCGGUCUCCUUGGAGGCCGUCGGAAGACGAAAGUGCAAUGACGACGGCGAAGACUUUGGAACGGAACACGGCUGAAAACCGUGGAUCCACAUCAAGCGUCAAGCGCCUCAGUUUCAACGAGUUCGCCAAACGUCUGAGCAGCACGAGCAGCCUGCUCCUCAUGCAGACCAACGCUAGUAGCACCAGUGCCAACAGCAGUCGCAACAGCGAGGCCGAACCGCAACAGCACGCAGCCAGAGGAACAUUGAGUCCCCGAGGAGCGCCCCCGACCCCGGUCGCCGAACGCGAUAGCCCGGAUAAACGAUGCGCCUGGCGAGGGAGCGUUGGCGUGUUUGGUGGUGAAGGUGGCUUUGUCUGAAUGGCGCUCCCGGAUCCUGGGCCCAUCCACAGCACUACAUUCUGUUCAAGGUUCAAACCCACAUGGUCGCACGCUGCGAAGCACAUGCCGGCGGCGCACCCGAACGGGCACUUCCCACCUUCCAUCUCCGUACCUUUUUUAAUACAUGAGUCUACUGUCAUCUCAAUCGACAAGGAGUGUUAGCGUCACGACCAUCAUGAUCGCGAGUUGGAUUU